CUUUUAUUAUAUAAUGCUCUGUGUUAUUUCAUAUCCCUGGAACUUCAGUAAUAUAGCGUCCUUGAAGUCCCAGGGGAACAUAUUUUCCCCACCAACAAUUGUAAACUAGCAGUUCRUCUGUCACAAUCAAGAGGAAAUGCUGGACUUACUUUAAAUAAGCAGUUUGGAUAACAAUAUACAGACUCCCUUGUGAAACAGUCAUAAGGAAACCAGCUGACGURAGAGAAUGAAGACAUCCAAGAGCACUGUUUAGCAAACUCGUACUAAAAUAGGUGGAGCAGUUGGUCUUAGAGCAAAUGGAAACAGCAGCGAAAUACAGGAUGGAAGGAGAGAGCCUCGCUUCUCGCCUCUGCAUUAUUCCCAUUGUGAUGAGAAGAAYGGAAGUGGUUUCAUCCUUUGAAGCYGUGACUGCAAUGGCGAUCAAGGCAACUUCCCAGUGACUCACAGGUGACAGCCACGAAUCCUAAAUAAAAAAAUUCUGUGAUCAGGAUGCAGAUUUCUGAGGUGCUUGGAAACGGAAAGAUGCUUUUGGAAAGCAUGCUGGACUGAAGACAAAGAUUCCCAGAUUCUAAUACAAAUGUGCCAUAGCAAAGUGCAGGCUAAAUGAUGCCUAAGCAGCCAAACUCAUUGUCCUGGCCAGUAUUGAAAGCUGUUCUAUUGUGACUUCUGCUAUUUCUACCAGCAGUGGCUACAGUCACAGUGAGCAAUAGGCAUAUAAGAACCACUGGUUUGGAUGAUUUUACUUCAGCUGAAGACUGAGAWAAUGUGUUCCUACUUUUCUCUAAGAAAAACAGGAGUGCACUAAGGAACAUGAGGAAUCUGCAGAGGUGAUUGGACCAAUGCAAGACGUUAUUUGAUAAUCAGAUGAAUGCUUCAAAAAAGGAAGACUCAGAAAACAUUAAUAAAAAUGACACUUCAAAGAAAAUGUCUGUUGAGAGAGUUUAUCAGAAAAAGACUCAGCUUGAGCACAUCCUCCUCCGUCCAGAUACCUACAUUGGGUCAGUUGAACCCUUAACUCAGUUAAUGUGGGUUUAUGAUGAAGAUGUAGGAAUGAAUUGCAGAGAAGUUACGUUUGUUCCAGGCUUGUACAAGAUCUUUGAUGAAAUUCUUGUAAAUGCUGCUGACAAUAAGCAGAGGGACAAGAAUAUGACUUGUAUUAAAAUAUCCAUUGAUCCGGAAUCCAACAUUAUCAGCAUAUGGAAUAAUGGAAAGGGGAUCCCAGUUGUGGAGCACAAAGURGAAAAAGUAUAUGUACCUGCUUUAAUCUUCGGGCAGCUACUAACAUCCAGCAACUAUGAUGAUGAUGAGAAAAAAGUUACAGGUGGACGCAAUGGCUAUGGUGCAAAACUUUGUAACAUAUUUAGUACAAAGUUCACAGUUGAAACUGCUUGCAAGGAAUACAAACACAGCUUUAAGCAGACUUGGAUGAACAACAUGAUGAAGACCUCUGAGCCCAAGAUUAAGCAUUUCGAAGGUGAUGACUACACAUGCAUUACAUUCCAGCCAGAUCUGUCUAAAUUUAAAAUGGAAAAGCUUGAUAAGGAUAUUGUGGCCCUCAUGACAAGACGAGCGUAUGAUUUGGCUGGCUCAUGCAAAGGAGUCAAAGUCAUGUUGAAUGGGAAGAAACUACCUGUAAAUGGAUUUCGCAGCUACGUAGAUCUUUAYGUUAAGGACAAGCUGGAUGAAACCGGAGUCGCGCUCAAAGUCAUCCACGAAGUCGUGAAUGAACGRUGGGACGUGUGCCUCACUCUGAGUGAGAAAGGGUUCCAGCAGAUCAGCUUUGUAAAUAGUAUAGCUACCACAAAGGGUGGUAGGCAUGUUGAUUAUGUGGUGGAUCAGGUUGUGGGCAAACUGAUAGAAGUGGUGAAAAAGAAGAAUAAAGCUGGAGUUUCAGUCAAACCAUUUCAGGUGAAGAACCAUAUAUGGGUUUUUGUUAAUUGCUUGAUUGAAAACCCAUCAUUUGAUUCCCAGACAAAGGAAAACAUGACUUUGCAGCCGAAAAGUUUUGGGUCCAAGUGCCAGCUAUCUGAGAAAUUUUUUAAAGCAGCCUCAAACUGUGGUAUCAUAGAGAGUAUUUUGAAUUGGGUCAAAUUUAAGGCACAAACUCAACUGAACAAAAAAUGUUCAUCAGUGAAACACAGUAAAAUCAAGGGCAUUCCAAAACUGGAUGAUGCUAAUGAUGCUGGUGGCAAACAUUCCUUGGACUGCACGUUGAUAUUGACAGAAGGAGACUCAGCCAAAUCUUUAGCUGUCUCUGGCCUAGGUGUUAUUGGGAGAGACAGAUACGGAGUCUUCCCACUCAGGGGCAAAAUUCUCAAUGUUCGAGAAGCUUCUCACAAACAGAUUAUGGAAAAUGCAGAAAUCAACAACAUCAUCAAAAUAGUUGGAUUACAAUACAAGAAAAGCUAUGAAGAUCCAGAAUCUUUGAAAAGUUUGAGAUAUGGAAAAAUUAUGAUCAUGACAGAUCAGGAUCAGGAUGGAUCUCACAUAAAGGGCUUGUUGAUCAAUUUUAUUCAUCACAAUUGGCCAUCACUSUUGAAACAUGGUUUUCUUGAGGAAUUCAUCACCCCUAUUGUGAAGGCAAGCAAAAAUAAGCAAGAACUUUCCUUCUAUAGUAUUCCUGAAUUUGAUGAGUGGAAAAAGCAUAUGGAAAAUCAUAAAGCAUGGAAGAUAAAGUACUACAAAGGAUUGGGUACCAGCACUGCUAAAGAAGCAAAAGAAUAUUUUGCUGACAUGGAAAGACAUCGGAUCUUGUUUCGAUACGCUGGGCCUGAGGAUGAUGCUGCCAUCACACUGGCCUUCAGUAAGAAGAAGAUUGAUGACCGAAAAGAAUGGUUAACAAAUUUCAUGGAAGACAGACGACAGCGUCGACUACACGGCCUUCCUGAGCAAUUUUUAUAUGGUACAGCAACAAAACAUUUGACUUACAAUGAUUUCAUUAACAAGGAGUUGAUCCUUUUCUCAAAUUCAGACAACGAGAGAUCUAUCCCUUCCCUUGUUGAUGGUUUGAAACCAGGGCAACGCAAGGUUCUGUUCACUUGCUUUAAGAGAAAUGACAAACGUGAAGUAAAGGUUGCUCAGCUGGCUGGUUCUGUGGCUGAAAUGUCAGCUUAUCACCAUGGGGAGCAAGCAUUAAUGAUGACUAUCGUCAACUUGGCUCAGAACUUUGUGGGAAGUAACAAUGUGAAUCUGCUACAACCUAUUGGCCAGUUUGGCACCAGGCUUCAUGGUGGAAAGGAUGCUGCCAGCCCUCGCUAUAUUUUCACCAUGUUAAGCCCUUUAGCAAGGCUACUUUUUCCAUCGGUGGAUGACAACUUGCUAAAAUUUCUGUAUGAUGACAACCAACGUGUGGAGCCUGAGUGGUAUAUUCCCAUCAUUCCCAUGGUCUUAGUAAAUGGAGCUGAAGGAAUUGGUACUGGAUGGGCAUGCAAACUUCCCAACUAUGAUACCAGAGAGAUUGUAAACAAUGUCAGACGAAUGCUGGAUGGCCUAGAUCCCCACCCAAUGCUCCCAAACUACAAAAACUUCAAAGGAACUAUCCAGGAACUUGGUCAAAAUCAGUAUGUAGUGAGUGGUGAAAUAUUUGUGGUGGACAGGAACACAGUUGAGAUUACAGAGCUUCCUGUAAGGACAUGGACCCAGGUGUACAAAGAACAGGUUCUAGAACCUAUGUUGAAUGGGACUGAAAAAACUCCAGCAUUAAUUUCUGACUACAAGGAAUACCACACUGAUACAACUGUGAAAUUUGUUGUGAAGAUGACAGAAGAAAAACUUGCACAGGCAGAAGCUGCUGGAUUGCACAAAGUCUUUAAGCUUCAAACAAGUCUUACUUGUAAUUCUAUGGUGCUGUUUGAUCACAUGGGGUGCUUAAAGAAGUAUGAAACCGUGCAGGACAUCCUGAAGGAGUUCUUUGAUCUGCGGUUGCAUUACUACAGCCUGCGCAAGGAGUGGCUCGUGGGAAUGCUGGGUGCAGAGUCCACCAAGCUCAACAACCAGGCUCGCUUCAUCCUGGAGAAGAUACAAGGAAAAAUUACCAUUGAGAACAGAUCAAAAAGAGAUUUGAUUCAGAUGUUGGUCCAGAGAGGUUAUGAAUCUGAUCCAGUAAAAGCCUGGAAAGAAGCACAGGAAAAGGCGGCAGAAGAGGAGGACUCACAGAAUGCAAAUGACGACGCUUCCUCUGCUUCUGGGGCAACCUCUGGCCCUGACUUCAACUACAUCUUAAACAUGUCCCUGUGGUCACUGACAAAAGAGAAAGUGGAAGAGUUGAUUAAGCAGAGAGAUUCCAAGGAGAGAGAACUAAAUGACCUUAAAAGGAAAUCUCCUUCAGAUCUCUGGAAAGAAGAUCUAGCGGCCUUUGUUGAAGAGCUUGAAAAAGUAGAAGCACAGGAGAGGGAAGAUGUUCUGGCUGGCAUGGUUGGCAAACCAAUAAAAGGCAAAGUUGGUAAACCCAAGAUGAAGAAACUCCAGCUGGAAGAGACCAUGCCAUCACCAUUUGGCAGAAGAAUAGUCCCACAGAUUACAUCUGCCAUGAAAGCUGAUGCCAGCAGGAAACUGCUGAAAAAGAAAAAGGGUGAAACUGAUUCUCUAGCAAUAAAAAUGGAAUUUGAUGAAGAGUUUGGUGGUGUGCCAGCUGAGGGUGGUGGGGAUGACUCGCUGAAUGCAUCAGCUGCAGCAGCUAAAACCCCUAAACCUAAGAGAGAGAAGAAGGAGCCUGGUAAGAUCCUUGCAUAGCCAUAAUUAACCUUAGUUGU